GGGGCGCUGUGGCGCAGCGGAAGCGGCAGCACGUUUUCUACGCCGACUGCUACAUUGUAACAUUAUAACCCGGCCGGCGGUGUCGGAGCGCAACUGUGUCGCGGGGACGUGGUACCGGCGCUUCAGCAUCACACGUGGCUCCUCCAAUCGCCCCCGAAAAGUGGUUAAGGGCCUCAUUCCCUCGUGGUCGUGGAUCGUCAUGUCUGUGCUGUGUUACAACAGAGGCUGCGGGCAGCGCUUCGACCCCGAACGCAACCCCGACGACGCCUGUACGUAUCACCCAGGCGUGCCCGUCUUCCACGAUGCGCUGAAGGGAUGGUCUUGCUGCAAACGACGGACGACGGAUUUCUCCGAUUUCCUGAGCAUCGCUGGCUGUACAAAAGGGCCGCACAACAAGGAGAAACCCCCGGAGCCGGUGAAACCGGACGUCAAGACCUCGGGCGAGAAGAAGGAGCUCAAGGAGCUCGAGGACCUGAAGCCCAAGUUCAGCGAGUACGUUAUUCAGGCGCCGAAGCCGCUGAACACGAGCAGUCGACCGAGCCCCGAUGAGCCCUUUGUAAGACUAGAGCAGAAAGUGUCUUCCUCGCUGAAACAGUCCCUGGAGAAGCUCAAGUUAACAGAAACCAGUCAGGUGGACCUAAAGGAGGAGGAAGGAGAUGAGGUCAAAGUUGGAACAUCGUGUAAAAAUGGCGGAUGCUCCAAGACGUUCGUUGGACCAGGAGGCGGCGAGGAGACCUGUUUGUUCCACCCGGGAGUGCCCAUUUUCCACGAGGGGAUGAAGUACUGGAGCUGCUGCAAACGGAAAACCUCGGACUUCAACACGUUCCUGUCCCAGGAGGGCUGCACCAAGGGGCACCACAUGUGGAAGAAGGAGGACAUGGGAAAGAAGGUUGUACCGUGCAGGUUCGACUGGCAUCAGACGGGGAGCCAAGUGAUAAUCUCCAUCUACACCAAAAAUGCCAUCCCGGAGCUCAGCUUUGUGGAGGCCAAUAGCACCGUGGUUAAUAUCCAUGUCAUAUUUGAAGGAGAAAAAGAAUUUGAACACCGAAUCAGCUUGUGGGGGGUCAUCGAUGUCGGUAAAAGUGUCAUGAACAUGAUGGCGUCGAAAAUCGAGAUCGCCAUGAAGAAGGCGGAACCGAUGAUGUGGGCCCGGCUGGACCUGCCUCCCGCCCAGAGCGCGCCCGUCCAAGUGGAGAAGGAGGACGGCGACAAGGACGCUGAUGAUUAAAAAUAGACCGGCGGCCAGGACAAGCGAGUCACGGCUAAAGGCAGUACUGUCCGCAAGUAGUGACUUAACCCUCUUGUAGACGAUCCACUUCCGCAUCACGACACACCGACCCUCUUCCGGCCCAUAGGGGGCGCCGUCCGUCCAGUAACGGGACCUCCAGCUCAUCCCCAUGUAGACAGCAAGACCCUUCAGUUACCACUACCGUGGUAUAGGAGGGGCCCAUGGAAACACCACUUGCUACGGUCACAGUUUUCCUGUUCUAUGAUGUUUUGUAUAUUUACCCUGUUUUAUUAUUUUAGCCUUUCACUUUGCCACUCUUUUUUUGGAAUGUAUUAAAUGCAUUUUAGUUUGGUGGUUUUUAGCUCCAGGCUCCCCGAGUGGCUCUCAGGGGUGCGUGCGGACUUGAGGUGUGUGUGUGUGUGUGUGUGUGUGUGUGUGUGUG